GGAGAGCCCGUUACUGCUCAAAGACUCCAGGCGGAGGAAUAGUCUUCACAGCGCUGUGCGAGGCGAAGGGGAUUGUGGGAGCACCGUUCGUCGCCCCGCAGACUCAUGGGAAAUGUAGUGCAGUUUCCUCCAACAUGGCUGCGCCCAGGUGAGUGGACGUGCGAGUACCCACCGCGGCUUUUCUGGGAUAGAGCGGGAGAGGCUGGCGAAGGAGAGAGCGCCCGCGUGGGGAGAACCCAGCCUGAGCCAAGGCGGAGGAUUACCAUGGAUAGCCACCACCAGAGUAAUUACAAACGCAGUAAAACUGAGAAGAAGUUCUUAAGGAAACAGAUGAAGGCCAGGCAUACUUUGCUGAGACAUGAAGGCAUUGAGACAGUAUCCUAUGCCACUCAGAGCCUGGUUGUUGCCAAUGGCGGUUUGGGUAACAGCGUGAGUAGGAAGCAACUGCUCCCAGUGUUAGAGAAGUGUGGAUUCGUGGAUGCUCUCUUAAUGCCACCGAAUAAGCCCUACUCGUUUGUAAGAUACAGAACUACAGAAGAAUCCAAGAAAGCCUAUGAUACUCUCAGUGGGAAAGAAAUAGUGGAUGACUUAGGACAAAAGAUCACUCUGUACUUGAACUUUGUGGAAAAAGCCCCGUGGAAAGAGUUGGGGCUUCAAGCAUUGCCUCCAGGCCUCACGGUGAUAGAAGAAAUUAUUUCUCCUGAGGAUGAGAAAAUGCUUUUGGAAAGUGUUAACUGGACAGAAGAUACAGACAAUCAAAAUUUUCAAAAAUCCUUAAAACACCGAAGAGUAAAGCAUUUUGGCUAUGAAUUCCAGUAUGAGAACAACAAUGUAGAUAAAGAGAAGCCAUUGCCUGGGGGUCUUCCUGACCUUUGUGAUAGCAUUUUGGAGAAAUGGCUGAAGGAGGGUUUCAUUGAACAUAAACCUGAUCAACUGACUGUGAACCAGUAUGAACCUGGGCAGGGAAUUCCUGCUCAUAUUGACACGCAUUCUGCUUUUGAGGAUGAGAUCAUUUCUCUCAGUUUGGGGUCAGAGAUUGUCAUGGAUUUUAAGCACCCAAAUGGGGUCACGGUGCCAGUUAUGUUGCCUUGUCGGAGCUUGUUGGUGAUGACAGGAGAAUCCAGAUACCUUUGGACCCACGGAAUCACACCCAGAAAAUUUGAUACUGUUCAGGCAUCCAGGGGUCACAAGAGCGGAAUUGUCACCGGUGAUGUUGAAGACUUAACUUUAAGCAAGCGAGGAAUACGGACAUCAUUUACAUUUAGGAAAGUGAGGCACACACCGUGUAAUUGUCGUUACUAUUUGGUCUGUGACAGCCAGACGAAGGAGACUCCGCCAUCGUUUCCAGAGAGUGACAGAGAAGCCUCACGACUGGAGCAAGAAUACGUCCAUCGAGUUUAUGAAGGGAUCGCCGGGCACUUCAGCAGCACGAGACACACCCCUUGGCCGCGCGUUGUGGAGUUUUUGAAAGCUUUGCCAAGUGGCUCAGUAGUUGCUGAUGUUGGAUGUGGAAAUGGAAAGUACCUUGGUGUCAAUGAGGAGUUAUAUAUGAUUGGCUGUGAUCGUAGUCAGAGCCUCGUGGACAUCUGCAGAGAGAGGCGGUAUCAGGCCGUGGUCUGCGACGCGCUGGCAGUGCCAGUCCGCAGCGGGUCUUGUGAUGCCUGCGUCUCCAUCGCUGUCAUUCACCAUUUUGCGACAGCAGAGCGUAGGGCAGCAGCUCUCCGAGAACUUGUUCGACUCCUGAGACCUGGUGGAAAGGCGCUCAUCUAUGUCUGGGCAAUGGAGCAAGAACAUAAUAAGAAGAAGUCCAAGUACCUUAGAGAAAACAGAGUCAGCCCAGGGAGGGAGGAGCUGACCAGCAAUGAAAUGUCGGCGCAGGAGGUGCCUGCGAAGCACACGCCUGACUUGGGCAGUCAGGACUCGGCACGUCCUGUCCCCUCCAUCAGUGACUUUCAGGAGGGAGGCUGCGAUUCAAGGAAAGCUACCAGUUCCAAGCUGCCUAUUCACACUAACAGGACUCCUUUUCAUUCUCAAGACUUACUGGUUCCCUGGCACCUUACGGGAAAUCCUGGUAAAGACAGGCCUGUUGAGCCACUUGGUGCAUUAGGAUCCAGUGACCCGGGUGCUGUGUUUCAUCGGUACUACCACGUGUUCCGUGAGGCAGAGCUGGAGGCUGCCUGCCGGACUCUGAGUGAUGUCAGCGUGCUGCAGAGCUACUAUGACCAGGGGAACUGGUGCGUGAUUCUACAGAAGGUCUGA